ACAUUCACAAUAGCUUGCUUAAAAGGAUAUGGCAAAACAGAAAAUAAAUAAUACUAAUAAAUAAAUAUAACGUAGCCUACUUAACAAACAAAUUAAUUUGAUCACUGGGCCUUGUAUUACUUACUCCAUAUUACUAUGAAGGAAAAGUAUAUUUCUGACUGACUGCGGUCCCAGACUUGUGCGUCUUUCUUCCAUGAUAAAACACGCGAAUUUUGAGAAUUGUUUCCAAGUGUCUGACUUGUCUUGCUUUGCUUUUAUCAAGUAAACAGCCGAUUUAAUUUUCUUCUCAACUUCAUGUGUUGACUCCGUUUCUCUAUGCACACCAAUUCCCACCAUUCCCCGCGGGUCUCCCGCAAAAUUUUCUGACCGCUCACUCAAAGGUAAAAUCGCCCGCUCCUGCGAGAUUUGCGUCAAGUCCCGCGGGAGCCCGAGCCCAAACCCAACGCACUGCAAUUCCCACUGCAAUUCAUCAAUAAAUGCUGGAAUAUUCCCAUUUACAAGUGAAGACGAGCAUCAAACCAUCAGGAAGAGCUGAAAUCUGCAAAGACAGAGUUUAUUGAAGGACAGUGAGAAGAUGAGAGAUCCAGAACACUGCAGAAUGAAACACACUGAAGAACAAAGAGACCUGAUGGAGGAGAAACACCAUCAUGUCGAAGCUGGAGAAAAAACUCACUCACAGACUGAAAGUGUUUCUUUACUGAAAAGAAGAGGCAAGAAAUGUGUCACCUGCCAUCAGUGUGGAAAGAGUUUCACAUGCAAAAAGAGUCUCAAGAUUCACAUGAACAUCCACACUGGAGAGAAACCGUUCACAUGUGAUCAGUGUGGGAAGAGUUUCACACUAAAAGACACCCUUAAGUUACACAUGAACAUACACACUAGAAAGAAACUGCAUGAAUGUGAUCAAUGUGGCAAAACAUUUUUGUGGGCUUCAGGCCUGAAGAUCCACCUGACAGUUCAUUCACAGGAGAAACCACAUUCAUGUUCUUUGUGUGGAAAGAGUUUUUCACGUCUGCAGACUUUAAAAGUUCAUCAGAAAAUACAUACUGGUGUACGAAAUCAUAUGUGCUUUGACUGUGGGAAGACAUUUAUUUCAGCUGAUUGUCUGAAACUGCACCAGAGGAUUCACACGGGAGAGAAACCUUACAUGUGUUCACACUGCAACAAGAGAUUCAGUCAGUCAGGUGAAUUGAAAUCACACGAGAGGAUUCACACUGGAGAGAAACCUUACAAGUGUUCACACUGCGACAAGAGAUUCAGACUGUCAGGAAAUCUGAAAAUACAUGAGAGGAUCCACACCGGAGAGAAACCUUACAUGUGUUCACACUGCGACAAGAGAUUCAGACGGUCAGAACAUCUGAAAACACACGAGAUGAUCCACACUGGAGAGAAACCGUAUCACUGCACUGCAUGUGGGAAGAGUUUCACUGAUUCAUCUAAUCUACGCAAGCACACAAAAAACAACCUCAGCAAGUAGUUCAUCCUCAGAUGCAGCACUUUCAGUUCUGAUGCCGCAUCCUCACUAAAUGUGAUUUAAAUAAAAUUUCUUCAAUAUGAGGGUACAUUUACAAGACAACAAUACUAGGCAUAUUAUGUUAUCAAAUUUUCGUGUUGAAAGAAGUUUCAAAAAAGUUUUGUCAUACUAUAACAGGUUUAAUACCUUUUUUCUCAUAACAGAAAGAACUGAACAUUUAAAUACAAUAAAGCAAUACACAAACAGACUGAAACAGAUUGCCAGAAAUGCGAUUUGAACAUGGAUUCAAACCACAUGAAUCUAGCUUAAAACGGAUUUGUAAAAUCGCAUUUCAUGUAAUUGUUUUGCCUUUCACGCUUGCUCAAUCUGAUCAAAUCACUGAAAUGAUUUUAUUUUUGUGCAUCAGAAAUGCACAAAAAUAAAAUUUGUACUUACAGUAAACUUAAAACUGAACUUAGCCUAAAUGUUUUGUUCUUGUAUAUCAAUUUGCUUCAUGAUAUAAAUUAUCAUUAUGCUUUAUUAUGAGUUUAAUUUGUUCAGUUAUCUUAUAAUGCACGUUUCAUUUGUAGUUUAUUUACACUUUUAUAGAAAAAAUUAUAGAAAAAAUCUGUUUUUACAGGUUCAAACUGUUCUUGUUCAGAAAGCUGAAGAAGAGGCUGAUUUAUUAAAAUGAAAAUGAAAUAUAUAAGUAUAAAAAUGAAAUUUCUGUCAUUAGUUACUCACCCUCAUGUUGUACCCAAACCCGUAACACAAAUUAAGAUAUUUUGAUGAAAUGUGAGGGUUUUUGAAGCACACAUAUGCAGCAACAUCAUUGCACCUUUUGAGGUCCAGUAAAACACAGUUAAAGUAGACAAAUUGACUACAGUGUUUCAACCUUAAUGUUAUGAAGCAAUUUCAUUUUUGGGUGAACUAACCCUUUAAUUUCAUCUUCAUUGUAGUUUUGUCAUGAGCCAGGUUUGAGUGUGUCUGCUCAUCUUUGAUUCUUUCCAGCUGGUCCUCGUUGCCGCUUGCGUUCGCGCUUUCGCGCGCACCUGCUCUUUGUCUGUGUUGAUUGUGCUGCCUACUUCUCCCUGUUCUUGUCUGUGUCGGGUAAUUGUUUCCCCUGUUAGUGUGGCAUGCUUCUGCAGUGUCUCUCUGCUCUAAUAUUGCUUUUUAUGUGUGUUAUCAGUUUUGAGUCCCAGUUCCAAUCCCAGUCACAGAUUUUGAACCUGCACUCGUGAUCCAUCUGUUUGAGACUUCAGUCGUCAGGCCUGGUCCUUUCCAUCCGCCAGUCUGCAGCGUGCAGUAUUUCUACGCCUGGCAGUCUGCUUAUGUUCUAUUUUCUGUUGGGAACUCUGAAUAAAUAUUGUUAAUCUGCUCCUUUGCUUCUGGGUCUUCUGCAGCCUCAUAACAGAAUUACCUGACCAAACAUGGACCCGGCGAAGGAGGGACCUAUCCGCUCCGCAGUGGAGAUGCAGGGUGUUAUGCUCGGCAGGCAUGAGGAGGAGCUCUUCGCGGCAAGACAUGCGGUGGAGAACCUCGCCAGCCAGGUUACGAAUUUAACCCAUCGCCUUCAAUUCCUCCGCCAUGAGCUGUCUGACUCUCCACCUCCCAGCACAACCACCGAACCGAGAGUCAAUAACCCACCACGAUAUUCGGGUGAGCCCACUGAAUGUAAAGCCUUCCUGACUCAAUGUGAAGUUGUCUUUUCUCUCCAGCCCACCACUUAUGCGGCUGACCGCGCUAGGAUUGCGUUUGUGAUAUCUUUGCUGACAGGAAGAGUGCGGGAUUGGGCCACGGCGGUCUGGGAGGCAGAGGCUGAAUGCUGCCAGUCUUUCACUUUGUUCAAAGAGGAAAUGAUAAAGGUGUUUGACCGGUCCGUAAGCGGACGUGAGGCUUCUCGUCAGCUUGCUGUGCUGUGUCUGUCUCAGAUUUCUCCAUCAAGUUUCGCACCCUCUCUGCGACAUGUGAGUGGAAUGAACCAGCCCUGAUGGCACGGUUCCUGGAGGGUUUGUGUCCUGAAAUUAAAGAUGAAAUUUAUGCGCGUGAAGUCCCCGCUGUGCUCGACCAGCUGGUGGAAUUAGCAAUCCGACUGGAGAAGCAAGCAGAUCUUCGGCGUAGUGCCCACGGUGCUCAGCGGGUACCAUCUCCUCCUCAACCUGUGCCAGCGGCUGUGUCAUUUGAAGCUGCCCAAUUCCCUGAGCCCAUGCAGACUUCAGGCAUUUGCAUCUUUGUCAGCGUCGCAUACUCCAUCAUCUUUGUAUGUACUGUGGACAUUCAACGCAUCUGGUCGCUGUCUGCCCGCUAAAAGAGAAUGCUUGCCAGUAGAGCGGGAAUUACGGUCGAGCGUUGCUUCACAUUCCUCUCCUGCUAAGACAAUUACGACUCUUCCCGUCAUUCUCCGAUGGGCAGGAACUGUUGCUUCGUGUCAAGCCUUCAUUGAUUCUGGGUCUGAGGGAAAUUUUAUGGACAAGCAAUGGGCUCGGGAGAGACAUUCCUUUACGUAAACUAGAAGACCCAACCCCUAUGUUCGCGCUAGACGGCAGUGAGCUGCCUGGCAUUCACUAUGUCACCGUACCGGUGAGUCUCACCAUCUCUGGCAAUCAUCAAGAGACUAUUUCUUUUUCUGUUUGUCAUUCUACUGUUGCCCCUAUUGUUUUGGGUCAUCCCUGGCUCAUUCAACACAAUCCUCAGAUUAACUGGGUCCAGGGAACAAUUCAGUCCUGGAAUUUGUCCUGUCAUGUUCAAUGUCUUGUAUCUGCUGUGUCUGCUGUCUCUUCUGUCUCUGUGUUGCAGGAGGAACCUGGUGAUUUGUCUGGAGUGCCGGAGGAGUAUCAUGAUUUGCGGGCGGAGCGCGAGGCUCUUGAAAAGUAUUUUCCGAGAGAUUUUCUUUGUUAAGAAGAAGGAUGGGUCCUUACGUCCUUGUAUAGAUUAUCGAGGGCUUAAUGACAUAACAGUGAAGAACCGUUAUCCCUUGCCUCUUAUGUCGUCGGCCUUUGAGAUUUUGCAGGGGGCCCAAAUUUUCACUCGAUCUCUGCAACGCUUACCAUUUAGUGCGUAUUAAGGAGGGCGACGAAUGGAAGACUGCAUUCAGUACUCCGCUCGGACACUUUGAAUAUCGGGUCCUUCCGUUCGGCCUAGUCAACGCACCGGCUGUUUUUCAGGCAUUUGUAAAUGAUGUCUUGAGGGACAUGCUAAAUAUUUUCGUUUUCGUUUACCUCAAUGACAUUUUGAUCUUCUCGCCCUCUCUCCAGGUGCACGUUUAGCAUGUUCGCCGCAUCUUACAGCGUCUUUUGGAGAACAAGCUCUUCGUUAAAGCUGAGAAAUGCGUCUUCCACGCUCAGUCUGUUUCAUUUCUUGGCUCUGUGGUGUCUGCUGAUGGUAUCAGCAUGGAUCCUGCCAAGGUGCGUGCGAUGAUAAAAUGGCCCGUUCCUGAUUCACGAACGACACUCCAACGUUUUUUGGGGUUUGCUAACUUUUAUCGCCGGUUUAUUUCAAAUUUCAGUCUAAUUGCCGUGCCCCUUACCACUCUCACCUCUUCUAAGAGGCGUUUCGUCUUGACUGAAGCCGCUCAACGCACGUUUGAUAAACUGAAAGAACUGUUUACUACAGCUCCUAUCCUCGUAACUCCUGCCCCCCGGGAGACAAUUCAUAGUUGAAGUUGAUGCCUCUGACGUUGUGGUAGGUGCGGUUCUUUCUCAGUGUUCCCCUGUCUACGAAAAGACGCUUACUUUUCUCGCCGCCUCUCACCAGCCGAACGUAACUACGAUAUUGGCAAUCGCGAGCUUCUUGCUAUCCGUCUAGCAUUGGGUGAGUGGCGCCACUGGCUUGAGGGUUCCUCUGUUCCGUUCGUUGUAUGGACAGAUCAUAGGAACCUCAAGUACAUUUGGACUACCAAGCGUCUUAAUGCUCGUCAAGCUCGUUGGGCUCUUUUUUUUGGCCGCUUUGACUUCACCAUUUCGUAUUGGCCAGGUUCAAAAAACAUUAAGCCUGACGCUCUCUCUCGUCAGUUUGAUACCACGGAGAGCGCAUCCUCCACAGAACCGAUCUUGCCAGAGGGUUGUGUGGUGGGGGGCGUGACUUGGGGUAUUGAGAGACAGGUCAAGGCAGCAUUAACCGAUCUUGAUAUUCCUCAUCAGCGUCCUCCAGGUCAGUUGUUUGUUCGUCAGUCCAUACGUCCCGCGGUUCUCCGCUGGGGACAUUCGUCUAAAUUGGUCAUUCAUCCGGGGGUUAGAGGUACUCUCGCGGCUCUCAGUGUUUUUGGUGGCCUUCAAUGGCUUGUGAUGUGCAUCGAUUUGUGAUGUUUGUGCUCAGACUAAGUCUAGCAAUUCACCUCCCGCGGGGUUUCUUAGACCCCUACCAAUUCCAUCUCGUCCUUGGUCUCAUGUCGCCAUGGACUUCGUGACUGGUCUUCCGGCUUCUGCAAAUAACACGGUAAUUCUUACUGUUGUUGACCAUUUUUCAAAGGCCGCUCACUUUGUUCCAUUAUGUAAGCUCCCCUCUGCUAAGGAGACCGCCCAAAUUGACAUUAAGAACGUUUUUCGUCUACACGGUCUUCCUUCUGACAUCGUCUCAGACAGGGGUCCUCAAUUUGCUUCUCAGUUCUGGAGGGAAUUCUGCCGGCAGAUUGGCGCUUCUGCCAGUUUGUCGUCAGGUUUCCAUCCUCAGACUAAUGGGCAGGCCGAACGUACGAAUCAGAUAUUAGGUCGCAUGCUCCGUACUUUGGCCUUUCGCAAUCCCGCGUCAUGGAGCGAGCAGUUGCCAUGGGUCGAGUACACCCAUAAUUCUCUUCCCACCUCAGCCAUUGGCUUAUCACCAUUUCAGUCAUCUCUUGGCUAUCAGCCGCCUUUGUUUCCCUCCCAGGAGACCGAGGCUUCUGUCCCUUCGGUCCAAGCGUUUAUCCGCCGUUGCCAACGCACCUGGAGGACAGUGAGAUCCGCCUUAUGUCGCAAUAGAGAGCGCACUCGUCGUACUGCCAAUUGCCAUCGCGUCAAGGCUCCCAGAUAUGUUUGCGGUCAAAAGGUGUGGUUAUCCACUUGGAAUCUGAUCAGUUUUAAAUAUUGUAUGUUAGCUGUUGCUUUGUUGUAUUGUGUCUCGAUUUGUUUUAUGACUAUCAUUUUACUGUACGGUGUCCUUGAGUGUUUUGAAAGGCGCCUUUAAAAAAAAAGUAUUAUUAUUAUUAUUAUUAUUAUUAUUGAUGACUUCCUUCGCUCUUGCCAGUCCUCUUCCUUGGGAGCGCCAGGGGGCGCUCCUCGGGGGAGGGGUACUGUCAUGAGCCAGGUUUGAGUGUGUCUGCUCAUCUUUGAUUCUUUCCAGCUGGUCCUCGUUGCCGCUUGCGUUCGCGCUCUCGCGCGCACCUGCUCUUUGUCUGUGUUGAUUGUGCUGCCUACUUCUCCCUGUUCUCUGUUCUUGUCUGUGUCAGGUAAUUGUUUCCCCUGUUAGUGUGGCAUGCUUCUGCAGUGUCUCUCUGCUUUAAUAUUGCUUCUGUGUGUGUUAUCAGUUUUGAGUCCCAGUUCCAAUCCCAGUCACAGAUUCUGAACCUGCACUCGUGAUCUAUCUGUUUGAGACUUCAGUCGUCAGGCCUGGUCCUUUCCAUCCGCCAGUCUGAGUGUGCUCCAUCUCCUGCCUGAGACGCUCCGGAUCGAUCACCGAGCCAGUAUUACUCUGGUCAUCCUUCAGGGAACGAACUGUGACUACUACUCCUGAUUUCCAGCUGCAGCGUGCAGUAUUUCUACGCCUGGCAGUCUGCUUAUGUUCUAUUUUCUGUUGGGAACUCUGAAUAAAUAUUGUUAAUCUGCUCCUUUGCCUCUGGGUCUUCUGUAGCCUCAUAACAAGUUUAAUCUAGUUAUUGUGUUUUACUUAUGUUUGUGCAUUUUAGAAAAUGCGUAAGAUAUACUGUCAUGUAGCUUUGGAACUGGUCUUCUUCACUUUUAUUCUCUUGAGAUGCUUUGCUAUCUUGUUGGUCAAUAAAGAGAGUUCUGUGUAAUUUG